CAUCUGAGUGGGUCCCACCUACUCAUCACUCAUCCAAACCAAGAUUUAAUACCCACUUCUUUGUCCAUUUUCCCUCUUUUCUCUCUCCUCCAUUUAGGGCUUUCAUUUCUUUGAAAACCCUAAAAAUUCCAACCCCAAAUCCCUAAUUUCACCUUCAAUUUCUCCUUGAUCUCGCAAUUCCAAUCAUGUCGAGAAGAGACGACUACGAAGACGACGAAGAUUUAGAGCCAGAAGACGGUGAUGAGUAUGGCGAAGAUCUCUACGAAGAAGAACCUGAAGAUGAAGAAGAUGAUGACGACUAUGGCGGCGGCGGAGGUGGAGUUAAAGGCGGCCCAAAAAAGCGUCGGAGAUCGGAGUUUAUCGACGAUGUUGCGGAAGAAGAUGACGAAGAAGAAGACGACGAUGAAUUGUACGGCGCUGCGCGCAAACGUAAGAAGAAUCGUGGUGGUGGUUUUAUUGAUGAUAUUGCGGCGGAAGCUGAAGAUGAUGAUGAAGAAGAGGAGGACGGAGAAGAUGAUUUCAUUGUAGACAAUACAGCAGAUAUUGCGGAAGAUGAGAGAAGGAUGCAUCGGCGACCCUUGCUUCCAAGAGAGGAGCAGGAAGAAGAUGUUGAAGAUCUUGAGAGGAGAAUACAGGAAAGGUAUGCUCGGUCAAGUCAGGCGGAGUAUGAUGAAGAGACCACAGAGGUGGAGCAGCAGGCCCUUUUGCCAUCUGUUAGGGAUCCCAAGCUAUGGAUGGUGAAAUGUGCGAUUGGCCGUGAAAGGGAGGUAGCUGUGUGUCUCAUGCAAAAGGUUAUUGAUAAAGGAUCUGAGUUGCAAAUUCGUGCUGCUGUAGCUCUUGAUCACCUGAAAAAUUAUAUAUACAUUGAGGCUGACAAAGAAGCCCAUGUUAGGGAGGCCAUCAAGGGUAUGCGCAACAUAUUUCCAAGCAAAAUAACACUUGUCCCAAUCAAAGAAAUGACUGAUGUUCUCUCUGUUGAAAGUAAAGCAAUUGAUCUUUCCAGGGAUACCUGGGUGAGGAUGAAACUUGGGACUUAUAAAGGAGAUCUUGCAAAGGUAUUGGAUGUAGACAAUGUGCGACAAAGAGUUACAGUGAAGUUGAUUCCAAGAAUAGAUUUACAAGCUCUUGCAAAUAAGCUGGAGGGUAGAGAUGUCGCUAAGAAAAAAGCUUUUGUUCCGCCGCCACGAUUUAUGAAUAUAGAGGAAGCAAGGGAACUGCACAUCCGUGUUGAGCGAAGAAAAGACCAAAUGACAGGAGACUACUAUGAAAACAUUAAUGGGAUGAUGUUCAAGGAUGGAUUCUUAAUUAAAACUGUAUCCAUAAAAUCAAUCAGUACUCAGAACAUACAGCCCACUUUUGAUGAGCUGGAGAAAUUUCGAACACCUAAUGAAGGUGAUGGUGACAUUGGCAGUUUAUCAACAUUAUUUGCGAAUAGAAAGAAAGGGCAUUUUAUGAAGGGUGAUGCUGUUAUUAUUGUAAAGGGAGAUUUGAAAAAUUUAAGGGGAUGGGUUGAGAAAGUUGAGGAUGGAAAUGUUCACAUAAGACCAAAUGAGAAGGGCCUUCCGAAAACACUUGCUAUAAAUGAAAAAGAUCUCUGCAAGUAUUUUGAACCCGGGAAUCAUGUCAAGGUUAUUUCUGGCUCUCAUGAAGGUGCAACUGGUAUGGUUGUGAAGGUUGAGGGCCAUGUGCUGAUAAUAAUAUCUGAUACAACGAAAGAACAUAUACGUGUUUUUGCUGAUCAUGUUGUUGAAAGCUCCGAGGUGACAACAGGUGUCACGAAAAUUGGGGACUAUGAGCUGCAUGAUCUCGUGCUAUUAGAUAAUAUGACAUUUGGUGUAAUUAUACGGGUAGAAAGUGAAGCUUUCCAGGUGCUCAAAGGGGUCCCAGAUCGUCCUGAGGUGGUUUUAGUAAGGUUAAGAGAGAUCAGAUCAAAAAUAGAUAAAAAGUUGUUUGCUCAGGAUCGAUCAAAGAACCCCAUAGCUGUGAAAGAUGUUGUUAGGGUUCUUGAGGGCCCAUGCAAGGGGAAACAAGGUCCUGUGGAGCACAUAUAUAGAGGAGUUCUAUUUAUUUAUGAUCGUCAUCACCUUGAGCAUGCUGGAUUUAUAUGUGCCAAGUCUCAGGCAUGUCUGGUUGUUGGCGGCUCGAGAGGGAACAGAGAUAAAAUAGGUGAUCCGUUGUCAUAUCUACGGACUCCACAACGAGCACCACAAUCUCCUGGAAGACUACCUCCAAGGGGCCCUCAAUCAGAAUUUGGAGGAAGGCAUAGAGGGGGUAGAGGGCAUGAUUCACUCAUUGGGACCACAAUUAAAAUACGUCUUGGACCUUAUAAGGGUUACCGAGGACGUGUAAAGGACAUUAAGGGCACAACUGUGCGUGUUGAAUUGGAGUCUCAGAUGAAGGAGGUUACAGUUGAACGUAGUCAUAUAUCUGACAAUGUUGCGGUUACAACUCCAUAUCGGGAGACGUCUCGAUAUGGUAUGGGGAGUGAGACUCCAAUGCAUCCUUCUCGCACACCGAUGCAUCCCUACAUGACUCCUAUGAGAGAGGCGCGAGCUACACCAAUUCAUGAGGGUAUGAGGACGCCCAUGGGGGGUCGCGCAUGGAACCCAUACACCCCAAUGAGUCCAGCGAGGGAAAACUGGGAUGAUGCGGAUCCUGCUUCUUGGGGAACAAGUCCACAGUACCGGCCUGGAAGUCCUCCGUCAAAGCCAUAUGAUGCACCUACUCCUGGUGGCAAUUACGUUGAAGCUGCGACCCCUAGAGAAACUGGUUUAGCCUAUGGUAAUGCUCCAAGUCCUUACUUGCCAUCAACCCCUGGUGGACAGCCGUCCACACCAGGCUCUGUGUCAUAUUUACCUGGUACUCCUGGCGGGCAACCAAUGACUCCUGGAGAUAUGAUGUCUCCUACAAUAGGUGGUGAGAAUGAAGGAUUAUGGCUUUUGCCUGACAUUUUGGUAAAUGUGGUAAAGUCAGGUGAUGAUUCCAUGGUGGGAGUUGUAAAGGAAGUGUUGGCGGAUGGAUCUUGCCGAGUUGCGUUUGGAACAAGUGGCAAUGGUGAGGUGAUAAUUGCGUUGCCAAAUGAGAUUGACUUGAUACCUCCAAGGAAAUCAGACAAGAUUAAGAUCAUGGGAGGUGCACAACGUGGUUUUACAGGUAAAUUGAUUGGGGUGGAUGGUUCCGAUGGAAUUGUAAAAGUAGAUGAAUCACUCGAUGUUAAGAUUUUGGAUAUGGGUAUUCUGGCGAAGUUGGUACAGUCCUGAUGCGAGCAACUUGUUUUCUGAGAUAGUGUAAAUUUUGUUCCCUGAAGCACAUUGUAUAUUUUUUUAGCUAGAUCAAUAGAUUAGUUUAUAGGUCCCUUUUUUUUUCUUCUGGAAGUAUAAUUGCAGGCUUAGAUCUCUGUUUUUUUUCGUAGAUAUAGUGGUAAUAGGGUUUACUCAAAUGGUGAACUUAGGAGCUCCAAGUUUAAUGCUCCCACUUUGAGGUUCAUCAAUGGAUUGACCCAUUAACGUUCAUAAAGAUUUAAAUCGAGUUUAUCAUGAA